AUGGGUGCUGUGGGUCGCCUGCUGCCGUGCCCCCAAGCUCAACCCCAAACACACAACGUUAUCUUGCUUUCCAGAAACUGUCGUAUCUUAGUUUGGGAGAGCGCCCUGGCGCCUGCGGCUAGCUGGCUGCUCCGGUACCUGGUUGCCCCCUGCCUGGGGUCCCUGCCCGCGCGCGGCGCGGAGGUGCUGCUACAGCUGGCGUACCAGGCGCUGUGGCUUCUUCCCGUGUACCUGGUGACCAUGUUCAUCAGCUGCGGCAUCUAUAAUGACAUUGCUCAGACCGCGUACCUCGUCAAGCAGCAACAGCAACAGCAACAAGAGCGGAAGGGGGCUCCUGCUGCGCCUCCUGGUCCGAGCCACAGGGGUCAGCCACCGGGCGGCAGCGGCGGCCUGGAGAACGUGGCGCAAGAGGUUUAUCGAGUGGUGCUCUUUUGCGUGUUUUUCGCGGAAGUCAGCACUAUAGGCCGCCUGCCGUACGUGGGCUACACGCUCAACGUGCUCUUUCUGUCUUGGCUGUACGCUUAUUACUGCUUCGAUUACAAGUGGGGGCUCCAGGGGGUGCGGCUCCCGGAGCGACUGGCGUACUUUGAGCGCCGCUGGGCGUUCUUUGCGGGCUUCGGCCUGCCCAUGGCACUUUCCACAGUGCUGCUGUCUUUCUACCCGGGGGCAGCCGUGCUGGCCAUUCUAUUCCCCGUCUACAUCCUUGUGUCCUGCGACUCGGACGUGAAUGCUGUACACGAUCGCGUUGUUGGCAAGGCGGCCACGAGCAGCUUGCGGCACCUGCCCAUUUUCGCACUGGCGCUGUGGCCGACCCAGCGUAUCGUGCAGCUGCUGACGGGCGGCUCCGGAGCACCCCUGGUGCAGCCCGUCGGUGUAGAGCAGAACGAGAGCGCUGGCCGUAGUACGUGA